CCGUGGUCCAGUCCGUCUGAGGCAGCAGCUCUGCUAGGGCCGGUCUGACCGGUUUGGGCCGCCCCGCCUGGCUCUGCUGGGAGGGGCCGCCGUCCGUCGGUCCCUCGGUCCCUCCCUCCCUCGGGACUCCUGCGCGUCUGGACCCGAGGGCAGAGAGGGAGCGCGAGCCGUCAGUGGGCCGUCGGGGCAGGGCGCCCGCAGGGAUGGGGGGCGAGCGGCAGCAUUACUACGGGAAGCACGGAACACCACAGAAGUAUGACCCCACCUUCAAAGGACCCAUUUACAACAGAGGCUGCACAGACGUCAUUUGCUGUGUGUUCCUCCUCCUGGCCAUUGUGGGCUAUGUGGCUGUAGGCAUCAUAGCUUGGACUCACGGGGACCCUCGAAAAGUGAUCUACCCCACUGAUAGCCGAGGCGAGUUCUGCGGGCAGAAGGGCACGAAUAAUGAGAACAAACCCUUCCUGUUUUAUUUCAACAUUGUGAAGUGUGCCAGCCCCAUGGUCCUGCUGGAAUUCCAGUGUCCCACCCCCCAGAUCUGCGUGGAGAAAUGUCCUGACCGUUACCUCACCUACCUGAACGCUCACAGAUCCCAGGACUUUGAGUACUACAAGCAGUUCUGUGUGCCCGGCUUCCAGAACAACAAGGGUGUGGCUGAGGUCCUCCGAGAUGGCGACUGCCCCGCCGUCCUCACCCCCAGCAAACCCCUGGCCCAGCGGUGCUUCCCAGACAUCCACAGCCACAAGGGGGUCCUCAUGGUGGGCAACGAGACAACCUAUGAGGAUGGGCACGGCUUUCGGAAAAACAUCACGGAGCUGGUGGAAGGCGCCAAGAAGGCCAAUGGAGUCCUGGAGGCCCGGCAGCUGGCCAUGAGGAUAUUUGAAGAUUAUACAGUCUCCUGGUACUGGAUUAUCAUAGGCCUGGUCAUCGCCAUGGUAUUGAGCCUCCUGUUCAUCGUCCUGCUCCGCUUCUUGGCUGGCAUUAUGGUCUGGGUGAUGAUUGUCAUGGUGAUUUUGGUCCUAGGCUACGGAAUAUUUCAUUGCUACAUGGAGUACGCUCGACUGCGUGGUGAGGCCGGCUCUGACAUCUCCCUGGUGGACCUUGGCUUCCAGACGGACCUCCGCGUGUACCUGCACUUGCGGCAGACCUGGAUGGCCUUCAUGAUCAUUCUGAGCAUCCUCGAGGUUAUUAUCAUCUUACUGCUCAUCUUUCUACGGAAGAGAAUUCUCAUCGCCAUUGCACUCAUUAAAGAAGCCAGCAGGGCUGUGGGAUACGUGAUGUGCUCCUUGCUGUACCCGCUGGUCACCUUCUUCCUGCUGUGCCUUUGCAUCGCCUACUGGGCUAGCACCGCUAUCUUUCUGUCCACUUCCAACGAAGCUGUCUAUAAGAUCUUCAAUGACACCGCUUGCUCAGUUGCUGGGAAAACGUGCAACCCUGAGACCUUCCCCUCCUCCAAUGAAUCCCGCCUGUGCCCUGGAGCCCACUGCCAGUUCGCCUUCUACGGUGGUGAGUCGACUUACCACCGGGCCCUGCUGGGCCUGCAGAUCUUCAAUGCUUUCAUGUUCUUCUGGCUGGCCAACUUCGUGCUGGCGCUGGGCCAGGUCACGCUAGCUGGCGCCUUCGCCUCCUACUACUGGGCCCUGAACAAGCCGGAUGACCUGCCUGCCUUCCCACUCUUCUCUGCCUUUGGCCGGGCGCUCAGGUAUCACACAGGCUCUCUGGCCUUCGGCUCCCUCAUUCUGGCCAUCGUGCAGAUCAUCCGAGUGAUACUCGAGUACUUGGAUCAGCGCCUGAAAGCUGCGGAGAACAAGUUUGCAAAGUUCCUCAUGACCUGUCUCAAAUGCUGCUUCUGGUGCCUGGAGAAAUUCAUCAGAUUCCUCAACAGGAAUGCCUACAUCAUGAUUGCCAUCUACGGCACCAACUUCUGCACCUCAGCCAGAAACGCCUUCUUCCUCCUCAUGAGAAACAUCAUCAGGGUGGCUGUCCUGGACAAAGUUACCGACUUCCUCUUCCUGUUGGGCAAACUUCUGAUCGUGGGUAGUGUGGGGAUCCUGGCUUUCUUCUUCUUCACCCACCGAAUCAGGAUCGUGCAGGACACAGCACCACCCCUCAAUUAUUACUGGGUCCCUAUACUGACGGUGAUUGUUGGCUCCUACCUGAUUGCCCACGGCUUCUUCAGCGUCUACGGCAUGUGUGUGGACACACUAUUCCUCUGUUUCUGUGAGGACCUGGAAAGGAAUGACGGCUCUCAGGAGCGACCCUACUUCAUGUCGCCCCAGCUGAGAGACAUCCUGUUGAAGGAGAGUGCGGAGGAGGAGGGGAAGCGGGGCGAAGUUGAGGAGUAGAGAGGGAGGCUGGCUUGGAGGCCACGCAGGCCUCCUAGUUUCCUCCCUGUAGAUCGGGGGUGCACGCGGGGCUUCCUGGCCUGGGAGUGGGGAGCAUGUGUGUGGGUGUGUGUGUGUGUCGAGUUCCCAGCCUGCUCCAGUCCGCCCCCUCCAGUCCCAGCAUGUCUUGCUUCCUAACCCUCUGAGGCUUCUCUGUGGCCCCUGUCCGCCCACCCUGUCCCCUAAGGCCCCUGCCCGUGGGCUCCCCUCAUGCCACCUGCUCUGGGGCCUCUCUCUCCGCAGUGGAGGACCUGGAGAGGAACGAUGGCACCGCUGAGAGGCCUUACUUCAUGUCUCUCACCCUCAAGAAGCUUUUGAACAAGACCAACAAGAAGCCGGUGGAGUCUUAAAGGCCCCGCCCUCCUACCCCUCCCCGGAAGUCUCACAAUGGGUGCUUGGCAGCUGGGUCAGAACCCCCAGCCCAUCGGGCUGACCUGAAGUCCUAUCACUGCCGCCCCCUUCCUGCCCCUCCCCAUCAUCCAGUUACCACCAGUUUCCGGGAACCUGGAGGAUUUGUGGGAUCUCCUCCCUAUGCCAAGGGCCAGUCCGCGUUUUCACGGCCGCCCCCCACCCUCCAAAAAAACUGUGCGAUGAGUCUCUCCAGCCCCCACUGGCCCGGAUGAGAAGCCCAGCGAGGCUUCUUGACGUCUGACAUGCAAGGGCCCUCUGCGGGCUGCCCUCCGCUUCCUGUCCCCCUCUUAUGACAGGACAGUGUUUGUGUCUGCAGCAGCGGUGGCCACAGGAAGUCCACUUUUCACUUGCGUUUGCUCCGGCCAGGAUGCCAGGACCCUUCUCUGGGGCUGAACAACUGGUUACCGACUGCUGCAGGCGUUUAUUAUUAUUUUUUUAACCUGGACAUGCGUUAAAUGGUCUGUUAGCUUUUUUUCUGUCUGUCAUCACGGCUGAGAUGGGGCCACUGAGGAAUGCUUUCCGAUGUCCCCUCCUCGGGUAGGGUUGGGGUGGGGGUGUGCCAGGUAGGGGUGUCUCCUGGCACAGAAGGCAGGCUGUCCGGGGAGGGAGGCUGGGAUCAAGCUGGUGUGGAACAGGGGGGAGGAGGUCGCUAAUAGCGGCUUAAUGGAAACCGGCUGGCUGGCAGGUUGGGCCGAAUCCCGCCGCCCCCCGCCGCCCUUCUCUGCCAGUUAUUGACACAGCUCUCUUUGUAAGAGAGAAAAGAAACUGAAUCCACCCAAGGGAUGAUUUCAGAGGAAGUGGGGAGAUGGGCAGAUGCCCUGGGCAAAUGGGGGGACCCCUCCCCCCGCCCAGUCACCUCCCCUUGAGGAUCCUUUUGCCAAAUUUGUUGAACUCGGGGGGAACGGGUGUGCUGGUUCCCCCUUCGCCAUAUCCCAAGCCCCCACCCCACCCCACCCCCGCUCAAUCCAAUCCAGGAUCCCAAUCCGGGAUCUGGAGAAAUCCCAGCCUGGGGUUUCUGUCUCCAGUGCCUGCCGCCCCCUCCCCCGUUCUGUCCGUACAGCCCUACUUGUAACUGCAUUCCAACCACUAAUAAAGUGCCUAUUGUACAGAG